CCCCGGGGAGUCUGGCCACCAUGCCACCUCCUCUCCUCUUCCUCCUCCUCUUCCUUGCCCCUGUGGGAGUCAGACCCGAGGAUCCACGCCUAGUGGAGGCUAAAGAGGGAGGCAAUGCUGUGCUGCCAUGCCUCGAAGCUUCCUCGGCUGGUCCCCCUGAAAAACUGGCCUGGUUUCGGGGCUCCCAAUCAACAACACCCUUCUUAAUGUUGACCCUAGGGUUACCAGGCCUGGGCAUCCAUGUGGGGCCUCUGGGCACCCUGAAGGAGCCCCAGGGAACCAUGCUGUUCCUCUUCAAUGUCUCCAAACAUAUGGGGGGCUUCUACCUGUGCCAGCCAGGCCAGCCUUCUGAGCAGGGCUGGCAGCCCGGCUGGACGGUCAGCGUGCAGGGCAGCGGGAAACUGUUCCGGUGGAAUGCUUCAGACCUCAAUGACCCGAGCUGUGACCUGGGGAAGGGCCCCAGGCCCACUUCUGGUCACCCCACAAAGUCCCAGCUGCAUGUGUGGGGCAGGGACCACUUUAAGGAGAUCUCACACACAGACCGGGCCUGUGCUCCACCUAACAGCACAUUGAACCAGAGUGACAACCGUGGUAAGGUGAUGGGGGGUGCCAGGAAGAGGGGGGAAGGUGACUGGGAACUGGAUGAUCUGCAGGGGAGGAGGACCCCCCACCCCAAGGAUUACACCUUCCUAGCCGUGGCUCUCCCUGCCCCAGACCUCACUGUGGCCCCGGGCUCCACGCUCUUGCUAUCCUGUGGGGCCUCCCGUACCUCCCUGGUCAGAGGCUCCGUCUCCUGGAUCCACAAGCAUCCCAUGAAGCCUGAGGUCAAAUUGCUGAGCCUAUAUGUGAGCGAACAUGCCCAGCUCAGAGAGAUGUGGGUCAUGGGCACCCUUGGGGGAAAGGUGGUUCUGUUACUGCCCGAAGCUACAGCUCAAGAUGCUGACAUCUAUCGUUGUAACCACGGCAACAAGACCACCCAGAUGCAGCUGAAGGUCACUGCCCAGUCAGUAUGGCAUUGGCUGCUGGAGACUGGUGCCUGGAAAGUCCCUGUCGUGACUUUAAUUUAUCUGAUCUUCUGCCUGACUUCCCUGGUGGGUUUUCUUUAUCUUCGAAGAGCCCUGAUCCUGAGGAGGAAAAGAAAGCGAAUGACAGAUCCCACUAGAAGGUUCUUCAAAGUGACGCCUCCCCCGGGAAACGGGGCCAACAGCCAGUACGGAAACAUGCUUUCCCUCUCCAUGCCCCACUCUGGCACGGGACGCGCCCUGCGGUGGGCUGCGGGCCUCGGAGCCGCCGCGCCGUCCUAUGGAAACCCGCGCAGCGACGUCCAGGAGGCCAGAGCCGCGGGGUCCCGGAGCCCGCCAGGAACUGGCCCAGAAGAAGAGGAAGGGGAGGCCUACGAGGAGCCGGACAGUGAAGAGGGCUCCGAGUUUUACGAGAACGACUCCAACCUUGGGCAGGACCAACUCUCCCAAGAUGGCAGCGGCUAUGAGAACCCUGAGGACGGGAGUUUGGAUCCUCAGGAUGAAGACUCCUUCUCUAACGGAGCUGAGUCUUAUGAGAAUGAAGAUGAAGAACUGGCCCCGACCGUCACCAGGACAACAGACUUGCUGAGCCCCCAUGGAUCAGCCUGGGACCCCAGCAGGGAGGCAACCUCCCUCGGGUCCCAAUCCUAUGAGGAUAUGAGAGGGAUCUUAUAUGCAGCUCCCCAGCUCCGCUUCGUUCGAGCCCAGCCUGGUGCCAAUCAUGAGGAAGAUGCAGACUCUUAUGAGAACAUGGAUAAUCCCGAUGGACCAGAACCGGCAUGGGGAGGAGGGGCUCGAAUAGGGUGGAGCACAAGGUGACUCCCUUCAGCACUGGGAAAAUUCUGUCCUGCAUUUGAGCUCAGUUGAAGGGGAUGCUUUCAUCAAUUACAGGGACCGUUGUCAGUUGAAGACGCUCAUCAUCAAUUACAGGAAGAACUGUUAGUUACAGACCCUAAUGGAAGAACCACGGACCGGGAAGAAUCAUCAGUUACAGGUCCCAAGAGGAAAAGAUGGACAUUUCAUCUCCUAGAAAAACCAUUACCCUAGCAACUCGAACAGUGAGAAACCAUCAUUACCCUGAACUCUUACUUUUCUCCAGUGGACAUUCCUUCAAAACAACCCCUCCCAAUAUCUUCCCUUUUUUCCCUAUACAGUAACCUUCUCUGUUUGUUGGCUUUGCCUAUGGCUUUUGGUGUAACUUCCUUGUUCUCUGCUAUUCCUGAAUAAAUCUAUUCUUGCUGGUAAAAAUAA